GCGGUAACGGAAACAGAAUGCACGUGUAUGCACAGGACUUGAAGGUUACUCAAACCUCACCGGCAACCUCAUUGUCAGAGAGAGCAGGUCAAUAAGACGGUCCGUUUGCGCUCAGAAAGACUGGCCUGCACUGUAACACGUCAUGGACCCCAUGAAGGCGCAGCAACUGGCGGCGGAGUUGGAGGUGGAGAUGAUGGCUGAUAUGUACAACCGAAUGACCAACGCCUGCCACCGAAAGUGUGUGCCGCCACAUUACAAAGAGGCAGAGCUGACAAAGGGCGAGUCUGUGUGCCUGGACCGCUGCGUGGCCAAAUACCUGGACCUCCACGAGAGGCUAGGACGCAAGCUAACAGAGCUCUCAGUCCAAGAUGAGGACAUGAUGAGGAAAGCAGCUGUCGGCAGCGGAUAGUGACGCAGAGACUGGGAUUAGAUGCCUAAGACUUCCACAAAAUAUCAUGGCAACAACAUUUGCUUGGGUGAACUCUUAAAAGCAAGAGUUUUAUUUGAGACGUGUUUGUGAGUGAAUGCAUCCGAAUUUAAGUUCAUGUGGGUCCAGUGGGAGAAACCGUUUGCUGCAUUUGAGGGUUACAUAAAAGGGUCUGAGCACUGUGUACACUUGUAUUAUGACUUAAAGUACUUCAGAAACAGUCUCAGCAACCUCUCUUGAUGUGGACUGAUAUAUUCAACCAGGCCUGGUCCUUCAGAUUGGGUUACUGGAGUAUGAAUGCAUAUAUUUUUUAUUUUUUGUACUUUGACUCAGUCAUAUGUACAUAGAUUUUUAAAUGCAGUAUGUCAUAAACAACUGUUACUGUCUUCAGUUCAGGACACUGUACCUUUUUGUUGAUCCACUCACAGUUACAAUUAAACCAAUAGUCAACUUUAACCACU